AUGACGGUCAUGUUCUUCGCGUCGCACUGUGCUUCAGGGGCCGUUGCAUUGAUCUUGAGACCGCUUGAGCUACUGUUGCUCUGUACUUCGGCAAUCUCAGCCAAGGUUUCGCCCCAGGAGCUCCAGCAGAACAUCGAUCACGUUCAGGUGCGUGUGGAGGUUCUGUUGGAAAGAAUCUCACUGGAAGACGGUCUUAUUGACCUGAUGAAGAGCCUCGGUGCAGUGUUGAUGAACCUUCCGCUCUUCUUGCUGUGCCUCUUCUGCUUCUUGGCCGCGAUCGCCAUCCUCUCUCCGCCGCCUCAAACCGCAGCCAUCCACCGGCAUCUCAACAGUCACUUUGGACUCGACCAGGUUGCUGAGGUCCAAGACACAGCAGGUAUCUACGACUUCUUGCAGACUUUUGAAAACAAGAACGCAGAACUGCGUGCGACAUCUUUCAACUAUUGGUGCGAGCACCGGUACUUUCAGAGAGAGUGGGACGACCACUACCUGGUACCGGUCAGCUCUUGCCCCAGUCCGAGAUACACAGCCCUAGAGCUGCAAAGCAGCCCGGUCUGGACGAACUCGACGAGUCCUUCGACAGGCGGCCACCACAGGCGGCUUUCCGCCGAGCGGCGACUGGCCGGAGGAGGCACUUCUACUGGUGGCCCCCAGGCAACUCACGCAAAUCCGCCUUGUGAGGACAAUGACACCGCCUACCAGAUCGAAGAGGAUGACCCGAACAUCACGUGCCACGAUCAUGCCAGCCAUGCUUGUGCCACCGACCUUGGACUGCUGUACUGCCCGAGGACGUGCGGGUAUUGCGCGCCCUUCUCCUACGACCGGUACCGCAAGUACACCAAGCCACAGGUGACUCUUCUGCCUUCUGUGGUGCACCAGACGCGCUACAAGACCAAACCUUGUGAAGGCUGGGCCGAGAAGUUCCUGAUCCAGAACUAUAACCCUGUCCUGGUGACCAUACCUGCACUGGACGGGCCCAAGAAUGACGAGCUCCUGGUGUGUGUGGAUCGUAAUUCCGCCUACGAGGAGGACCACGCCUUCUACCUGGACUGCACCCCGCAUACCCCUUCAACCCGAUGCGUCGAUGGGAAAAUUCCGAUCACCGCCAAGACGCUGUUCCACGGGCAGGCGGUGUAUGCCAAGAUGCUGAUCGAAAGCUCCCGGGACCUCAAUGCGAUGAAGGAGGUCGGUUGGAUCGAUUCCCAAACGGAGCACAUCGCCGUGAGCACCGUGAUCUACACCGAGGACCUGGAAAUGUUCACCUCCCUGACCGUGUCCUUCGACUUCGACUAUGCGGGGAAUGUGGAAGGGUCAGUGAGCAUGGUCACCUACAAGGACGUGAUCUUGACUUCAGCCCAGAACUUCAUUGGAUGCUUGCUUACAACCUGUAUCGGAGCCCUCUUCAGUGCAACUGCUUCGACGGUGCAUCUCCUCCGCCACCGGGAGCAGUGCAACUGGGGGCUCACGUGCUACGAGAUCUUCUCUCGGAUCUUGCUGCUCGUGUACCCAACGAUCCUGCUCAUCUCAUGGAGUCAGCAGCUCCUGAUGUCGCACGAGUUCGAUCUUCUCCUGGACACAUUCAUUAGCUCCGAUGGAGUAGAUGAGUCGCACCUCAACCACAACAUGCAGGAGUACUUCAAGGUGAAGACCGUCAUACACGAGGAGGUGGGCUGGUUGGAGAGGCAUCGCGUGGCUUCCUACGUGCUGAUGUACUUCCAGUUCCUGCAGAUGGUCCUCUACUUCAAUGCUCAUCCUCGUGUCGCAAUGCUGACGAAGACCGUCAAAGGCGCUCUUCUCAACAUGCUUCACUUCUUCCUGGUGUUCACAAUCCUCUUCCUCAUGCUCGCGUUCAUGGCGCACUUCCUGCUCGGCGGCCAAAUCCAGCUGUUCGGCACUUUCGGCGGGGCUUGCGAGACGCAGGUCAGGAUGCUCUUUGGCGAGUUCAUCUUUGUGGACGGGGCGGAGCAGCUCUCAGGUCUAUCGCUGGCCAUGUAUUGGCUUUAUGCGGCCUCGUUCAUGCUGAUUGUCUUCUUCACCCUCUUGAACUUCUUCUUGGCGAUCGUGGUUGAUGCUUUUGUAGCCGUCAAGGACGAGUACGACAAGCUCCACUGCACUUACAACUUCAUCUACGACGUGGGCAUGAUCCCCAGGAGCUUGUUCAUGCACUUUAAGCUCAAGCUUCCGGGGCGCAAGAAGUUCAUCUCCUACCUGGAAGAAUCGCUCGAGAACCUCAAGGAGGUGAAGAAGCAAGCGGAGCAACAGGCACGCAAGAAAGUUGGGCACAAGGGCGUGCGUCAUCAGGAGCCUCCCCCCGCAGAGCCGUCGGGGGGACCUCUGACGAUGCCGGCCAAGAAAAUGUUGGAGGAGUUUCCGGGCUUUACAGAGGCGGGAGGGCGCACACAGAAGUUAGGGUUAAGGACCCGAAGGGCUCAGAGUUCACGCAGAAAGCAUACCCUACCAAAAAACCCUAAACCCUAA